UUUCCGGCGGAAGUAAUUCAGCCGUGUCGGCCUGAGCUUCCGUUUCUGGUUACCCGGGCGCAGUGAGUGAGGUCGGUGGUGAAAGCGGCGGCCUCCUCCUGUGGGUGGCGGGUGCCAUGGCGGAGCUGGUGCCGGGACAGAGCGCGGUUCCUGUGGGGAUCAAGUCCGAGGGAUUCGCGGACGCGCUGCACCACCGGGUCCGGCAGAUUGCUGCUAAAAUUGAUGGAAUACCGCAUUUGAAUAAUGCAGGAUCACUUGUGGACCCGACUGUGUAUGGUUAUGGCAUCCAAAAGAGACCGCUUGAUGACGGAGUUGGCAACCAGCUAGGGGCUCUAGUACAUCAAAGGACUGUGAUGACAGAAGAAUAUAAAGUGCCUGAUAAGAUGGUGGGAUUCAUAAUUGGACGGGGUGGGGAACAAAUUUCACGAAUCCAAACGGAGUCCGGCUGUAAAAUUCAGAUCGCUCCAGAUAGCGGCGGAAUGCCAGAGCGGCCCUGCGUCCUCACGGGCACCCCAGAAAGCAUAGAGCAGGCAAAGCGUUUGCUAGGUCAGAUCGUGGACCGCUGUCGGAAUGGGCCUGGUUUUCACAACGAUAUGGAUGGCAACAGCACCAUCCAAGAGAUCCUUAUCCCGGCAUCCAAAGUUGGCUUGGUUAUUGGCAAGGGGGGAGAGACCAUCAAACAGCUGCAGGAGAGAACUGGUGUUAAAAUGAUCAUGAUCCAAGACGGCCCAUUACCAACAGGUGCAGACAAACCCCUUCGGAUCACAGGAGACCCGUUCAAAGUGCAGGAAAGGAAGAAUAUGUCUCUUAUGGAGAUCAUCAGAGAAAAGGACCAGGCUGACUUCAGAGGGUUACGCAAUGACUUUAGCAGCAGGAUGGGAGGAGGCAGCAUAGAGGUGUCUGUACCUAGAUUCGCCGUGGGAAUCGUAAUAGGAAGAAAUGGGGAAAUGAUCAAAAAAAUUCAGAACGAUGCUGGCGUACGAAUUCAGUUCAAACCAGAUGAUGGAAUCAGCCCUGAAAGAGUGGCGCAAGUAAUGGGCCUCCCUGACCGGUGUCAGCAUGCCGCGCAUAUCAUCAAUGAGCUCAUUGUGACUGCGCAGGAACGGGAUGGUUUUGGUGGCCUGGCGAUGGCUAGGGGCCGGGCUCGCAGUCGCGAGUGGAAUAUUGGUACGUCAGGGGGAAUGCAAGAGAUCACCUACACUGUGCCUGCAGACAAAUGUGGACUUGUCAUCGGUAAAGGAGGUGAAAAUAUCAAAAGUAUAAACCAGCAAUCGGGGGCCCAUGUGGAGCUUCAAAGGAACCCCCCACCCAAUACAGACCCAAGCAUCCGGAUAUUCACCAUCCGGGGCAUCCCGCAGCAAAUUGAGAUGGCCAGGCAUCUCAUUGAUGAGAAAGUCGGGGGCACAGCAAUCAGCGGUCCAAGCAGCUACGGGCAAAGUCCAUUCAGCCAGCCGCACGCAACACCUCAUCAAAACGGUCCUCAGGCGUUUUUAACGCAGGGUUGGGGUAGCACUUACCAAGCGUGGCAGCAGCCUGCACAGCAACUUCCAGGUCAACAGAGCCAGCAGCAGAACGCGCAGCCAGACUACAGCAAGGCAUGGGAGGAGUAUUACAAGAAGCAGACCCAGGCUGCCAGCGCCACUUCACAGCCAAGCUCCCAACCAGAUUACACGAUGGCAUGGGCUGAGUAUUACAGACAACAGGCUGCAUAUUACGGACAGUCACUGGGCCAGGGGCAAGCCCACAGCCAGGAGCAGUAGAACAAUUGUCCAGUUGAUUUUUUCUCCCUUUGGAAUCAUGGCAGGAGAAGAACCUUAAUUUGUAACACGUACAUAGAUUUGACAGCGUUUGAGGAAGACUUCUUUGUUUUUACAACACUAGUCCUAGAGUUAAAUCUAUACUGAACUUUGCUAAGAAUCAGGAUUCUAUAAUAAAACUAAAGAUUUACAUGUGCUGGGUUUUUUUUUUGUUUUUUUCUUUGCAUUUUUGUUUGCUACCCUUGAAAAAAAAAAGUGUUAACAUGAAUUCUUUUUGGAACCGAUUACAUUGAAGAAAAAAAAUUCAACCAAAAAAAAAAAAAUUGUAUGUAAAUUUAUAUUCCUCCACUGUGUACCCCUGCCCCCCCUUGGUGCUGAUAUUACAAAAUAUUUGUCUCAUUUUUUUUUUUUUUUUCGGUGUAGCAUUUUGUCUAUUGGACAGUGCAGCUUGGAGGUCUUAUCAUAAAAGUGAAACAAAAAUUUAUUGAUUAAAAAGUGUAUACCACCUCUA